AUGGCGAGCUCGUCACGCCUGUCACCAUUUGAGACCCAACCCACCACCACUCAGCUGGCUGAAUCUCCCAUCCUCAACGCGGAGCAGCCCCAGGGACCACAGAUCCCGGCUGAAGAUCUCAUGGUAACAGACGGCAACACAGAGCGACAGAGAGACAGGUCGCGCUCCGAAGUCAGAACACCGGAGCUGCAGACAACCACAUCUCACACAAACAACAACAACCAGAGGGCUAGCGGUAGCCUCACCAGCCAAGAAGGCCUGCCAACCAGUCCCGGACAGAUCCCCAGCUUCGAUUGGGAAGAAUUCGAGACGCUCUACGAGCAGGCACUCGCCAAGGCUAACGAGGAAGAGCGGGAGCUUCUGCACGAGUUUGACUCUCUCGUCAAGUACUUCAACGUCUGGGCCUCAGCUGCCUCAGCACACGACAACGAGAGAGCCGUCAAACGCCUGCAGACCCGCGAGCGGUACGUCAGGAUCGCUGAGCAGAGCUUGUCUCAGAGGAAGCAGCAUCUGACUGAGGUGGUUCGCGCUUUCCAAAGCGCCCUCGCACUUCUCAGCCAGAACUAG